AUGGGACUCGUAAAUAGAAAAGCCCGGUCCAAGCCGAAGGAACAGGUCGUUCCCGCCAAGACCGGUAUAAAAAAAGCAGAGUUCGACCUCACCAAGAAGAAAGAGGUUGGUGUUUCCGACUUGACGCUCUUAUCGGACAUUACGGAGAAAGCCAUCAACGAAAACCUCCACAAACGGUUCAUGAACGGCACCAUCUACACAUAUAUUGGCCACGUGUUAAUUUCGGUGAAUCCGUUCCAGGAUUUGGGUAUAUAUACGCCGCAGACGCUCAACAUGUACAAGGGCAAGAAUAGAUUGGAGGUGCCGCCCCAUGUGUUUGCAAUUGCCGAGACCAUGUACUACAACUUGAAGUCGUAUGGCGACAACCAGUGUGUGAUCAUUUCCGGCGAGUCCGGUGCUGGCAAGACGGAGGCCGCCAAGCAGAUCAUGCAGUAUAUUGCUAAUGUUUCUGUAGACGAUAAUCUGGCCGGAGCGCCUAGUGGUAUUUCUAAAAUCAAGGAUAUGGUGCUCGCCACCAAUCCGCUUUUGGAGUCGUUCGGCUGUGCCAAGACGUUGAGAAACAACAACUCCUCUAGACACGGUAAGUACCUUGAGAUCUACUUCAACGCGAAGAACCAGCCCUCGGCAGCACACAUCACCAACUAUCUUUUGGAGAAGCAGCGUGUGGUGCAGCAGAUCGAGAACGAGCGUAACUUCCAUAUCUUCUACCAAUUCACAAAGAACUGUCCUCCUCAGUACCAGCUGAGCUUUGGAAUCCAGGGGCCAGAAACAUACGUGUACACCUCCGCGGCUAAGUGUGUGGAUGCCGACGGUAUCAACGACGCCAAGGAUUUCAAAGAGACCCUUGACGCCAUGAGAGUCAUUGGUCUCAACGAGGCUGAGCAGGACAAUAUCUUCCGGAUGUUAGCAUCUAUCUUGUGGAUCGGUAAUAUCUCAUUUGUAGAAGAUGAACAGGGCAACGCUGCCAUCCGCGAUGAGAGCGUCACCAACUUCGUGGCUUAUUUAUUGCAAGUCGACGCCCAGACAUUGGUCAAGGCUUUGAUCGAGCGGAUUUUGACAACGUCGCAUGGUCUGAGAAGAGGCUCCACAUUCCAUACUCCCUUGAACAUCGUCCAGGCUACAGCAACUAGAGACGCCUUGGCAAAGGGUAUUUAUAACAAUCUCUUUGAAUGGAUUGUCGAGAGAGUCAACUUGUCUUUGAAAGAUCAGGCUGAGAACUACGAGAAGAAGUCAAUUGGAAUCUUAGAUAUCUAUGGCUUCGAGAUUUUCGAGCACAACUCCUUCGAGCAGAUCUGCAUCAACUAUGUCAACGAGAAAUUACAACAAAUUUUCAUUCAACUCACAUUGAAAGCCGAGCAGGACGAGUAUGUCCAAGAACAAAUUACCUGGACACCUAUCGAUUACUUCAACAACAAGGUGGUGUGUGAUUUGAUUGAGGCUACCAAACCAAGACCCGGUUUGUUUGCUGCUUUAAAUGAUUCCAUCAAGACAGCACACGCUGACUCAGACCAAGCUGAUCAAGUCUUUGCUCAGCGUUUGGUUCCUCUUGCGGAUGGUAAUCGUUAUUUCGAAGACCGUCGUGGUAAAUUUAUUAUCAAGCAUUAUGCUGGUGACGUUGCUUACGAAGUUGCUGGAAUGACAGACAAGAACAAGGAUAACAUGCUUAGAGAUUUGUUGGAGCUCUUAUCUUGUUCUCAAAAUACUUUCAUCACGGAGUCACUUUUCCCUGCUCAUCUCUUGGGAACCUUGAUGGACUCAAAGAAGAGGCCAGAAACAGCGUCAGAUAAAAUCAAAAGAAGUGCUAAUGCACUCGUUGAUACUUUGUCUCAAUGUCAACCCUCGUACAUCAGAACUAUCAAGCCCAAUCAAACAAAGAGGCCAAAAGAAUAUGACAAUCAACAAGUCUUGCAUCAAAUCAAGUAUUUGGGUUUGAAGGAGAAUGUUCGUAUCAGAAGAGCCGGAUUUGCAUACCGUACAACUUUUGAUAAGUUUGUGCAACGGUUCUACUUGUUAUCCCCUAAAACUGGUUAUGCAGGUGACUAUAUUUGGAGAGGAGAUGAUAUUGGUGCUGUGAAAGAGAUUCUCAAAAGCUGUUUCAUUCCAUCCUCUGAGUAUCAAAUGGGAACAACAAAAGUCUUCAUUAAGCAACCAGAGACAUUGUUUGCUUUAGAGGGCAUGAGAGACAAGUAUUGGCACAAUAUGGCUGCAAGAAUUCAAAGAGCAUGGAGACAUUACGUUCAGCGCAAAGUGGAUGCAGCUAUCGUCAUUCAAAGAGCAUGGAGAAACAAAACCCACGGAAAUAAGUUUGAACAGGCCAGGGAUCGGGGUAAUCAGAUGCUUCAAGGAAAGAAAGAAAGAAGAAGAUUAUCGAUGUUGGGAUCUCGCUCCUACAUGGGAGACUACUUGGGGUGCAAUUAUCCAACAGGUUACGGUCGCUUUGUUGUCAGUCUGGCUGACAUAAGAGACCCUGUUCUCUUCUCUGGCGAAGGUGAGAUUCUCUUGGCUAAAUUUGGGCGUUCUUCUAAAAGACUUCAAAGAUCAUUUGUUCUCACGAAGUCGUCUUUGUACAUUAUUGCGCAUGAGCUUGUCGAAAAUCGUCUACAGCUCCGUCGGGAAUUUGUGAUUCCUCUUUCAGGUAUAAACUAUAUCGGCAUGUCGCUGCUUCAGGAUGAUUGGUUGGCUAUUUCGCUUCACGCUCCUACACCUACCACUCCAGAUGUCUUCAUAAACUUGCCUCUCAAAACUGAAUUGGUUCUUCUCAUCACUGAAAUUAACAGAGGCAUUUCUCUUAAUAUUGAGCCCACUGUCAAGUAUCAGAAGAAAGCUGGCAAGUUUCACACUGUCAAGUUCGUUUCCGGAGCAGCCCCUGACAGGGGAGAUAUCUACAAGUCUGGAACCGUCACUGUGCAGCCAGGUCUUGAUCCUCGAAGCGUGAAUCCUAAGAGACCACGUCCAAAGUCUAAACCUGUGGAUUACAGUAAGUACUACAAUCGUGGUGCAUCGGCUCAAAGAAACAACUAUUCUCGUCCUGUUCCACAACCUACAAGACAAGGAGACUAUUCUCAACAGCCACAAGCUUCUUAUGCUCAGGCAAGACCGGCACAAGUUCAUCAACCUGUGGUACAGCAACAACCACAAGCUACCCAGCCACAACAACAGCAACAACAGCAAUAUCAAAGACAGCAGCCGCAGCCACAGCAGGUGCAACAAGAAUCGGUCCAGAAGGCUGUUCCUGCCCGCCCUGUCCGCAAAGUGGCCCCAGCACCUCCAGCAAAGAAGUCUGCACCCCCUCCUCCGCCACCCGCCUUGGCUGUUGCAAAACCCAAGUUCCCUACAUAUAAGGUUAUCUACGACUAUGAUGGAUCUGUCGCAGGCACAAUGGCGCUCACCAAAGACGAUAUUGUGUAUGUUGUCCAGGUGAAUGGCGAAUGGGGUCUUGUGAAAGACUUGAACGAAACGAAAGAGGGCUGGGCUCCACUCACGUAUAUGAAAGAGUGCGAGCUCAAUCCUAACAGCAUCGCAAAGUCUGCACCCCCACCACCGCCACCCGUGGCUCAAAAAUCGCAGCCAGUCGCACAAAAUGGAAACGGAGGUAGUUUAGGAGCCGGGUUGGCGAAUGCUCUCAGCGCCAAGAAGAAUGAAGAGGUUCACAUGGCAAGCUCUCUUGCAGAUGCGUUGAAGAAAAGAGGUGCCACCAGAACGAGCAGCGAUGAGGAAGCCGAUGAUGAUGACGAUUGGUAG